GUCUAACUGUUUCGAAUUGUUGCAGGUAAAUAUGUGAACAUUAUAUUAGAGAUGUAGCGUUGUGGGGAAAAACAGUGAAACAGGGCAGAGACGCUCUCACAAUCAUCAGCUCCACACAGUUAUCCAACAGGCGAGUUUUGUCGCCUCCCUCCGUGUGAAGUGGGCCGGCCCUGCUUGAAACUCCUCUUACUUUGAAGUUCGCAAGUCGUUCAACUUUUUCCACGAUCAGCACUUCAGUGGCACUUUCUUGAUUAGGUUUACGCGCCCCGUUCCGUCACACGAUGUCUUGGAUCUGACCUGUGAUCAUACUGACGCGCGAUGGCUCCUUUUGGAAAAAACUUUUUGAAAGCGCGUUUGAAGAACAGGUCUAAGCCUGUAGAGGAAACACCAGGCAAGGAAAUCCAGGUGCUUGUGUGUCGAGAAGAAAAAGCAGUCUGUGGCGUGACCAAGCACACAACUUGCGCAGAUGUAGUCAAGGCUUUAUUGGAGGACCACCAGACUUUACCAGAGAGUAAGAGGCUAUUACAUGGGGAACCUAAAGACUUCUGCAUCCUGGAACGGUGGAAGGGCUUUGAGAGAGCACUGCCACCUCUCACUCGAAUUCUUCGGCUAUGGAAUGCUUGGGGCGAUGAGAGACCUUUCAUACAAUUUGUCCUCAUGAAGAUCAGUGAUUUUGUGCCAUCAUCCAAAGGAGCCAAAAGAGCCUCAAAGUCUAGGGGAGCAAGGUCCAAAAGAUGGGAGCAAGGACCUGCACAAUAUGCCAAGACUGUAUCUGUGGAGAAGCAGAAGCGCAUGGUGAAAAAGGCGUUCCGCAAAUUGGAGAAGAUCCAGAAAACAGAGACAUCAGAGGGAUCAGAAGAGAUCAGUAAGGUGGUGCAGUUGAUCAUCUCACAGGAUCAGACCAUCCGGCAGCAGAUUCAUCAAAUGCGUGAGUUAGACUUGGAGAUUGAACAUGCAGAGAAACAGCUGAGGAACAGCCCCACACCUCGCUCCAGCAUCACAGAAAGUGAUGGUGGCCAGUCGUUGUCCCAAUUUGACUGUCAGCUUCAGGAGUACCUGUACACCAGUGAUGGACUCGAGCAACUAGAACUACAUGUUUGCAGGCACCAAGAACUCAUUGAUCAGCUCUCUCGAGAUAUUGACCUGGAGCUGAGGAACUGGACUUCAGAUUUAGAGGACUUGAAAGGAGCAGCAGCUGCAAGUCCAGAACUAGAGCUGGAACCUAACCUCUCGUUGUCCUCCUCAGAUCUCUUAGAGCUGGAAAGCUUACGCAGUGAACUUGAGUCAAGCAUGAGAGCUGGGCUUUCCCUCCAUGUCCAAACGCAGGAAAUCGAGAAGGAACUACAGCAGAACAAAACAGCCCUGCAGUCCCAGAACCAAGAAUACCAGCAUCUGGUUGCUCAACUCAAUGCACUUGAGCUGGGAGCCUGUCCGGACCAGCCUAGCCCUGUAUCUCUGAAGACCCAGAUCAGGGCCACUGCCUCUCAGCAGACAGCAGGCAAGGCCAGGCUGACAUGCUUCCCUACAGAUGUGACAGACACGGACUCAGACACAGGAAUAAGCUCUACUCACAGUCAGGACUCGCUGUCUCCCUGUGUGGACAGAUCACCUCCAUUGGACACUGACGUUUAAGUUCAGGAUUAACCGAUUGUGUUUUUAAGACAUUGUAUUUAGUGACUCCAAAAAGAAGAUACACAGUUGAAAGGGAUAUUCAAAUGAGAUCAUUUACUCAGCAUCAUGUCAUUCCAAACAGAAGUUAACCAUUGAUUUCCACUGUAUGGACAAAACAUUUCUCAAAAUAUCUUCUUAUCAGAAAGACAUACGGUUUUGGAACAAUAUGAGGGGGGAGUAAAUGAUGGCAUUUUUUUUUUUUUUUUAACUACCCCUUUAAACUAAUUAGUGCUGUCGCAGUUAUACUAUCUAGAUAUUGAUGCAUAAAUGAACUGUGUGAAUUCAUAAUUAUCAUGAAUGUUUUUUCUCUUCAUUAGAAUUCAUAUGCACAUAAAUUCUUAAUUAAUUAUGUAAAAUAACUUUAAAAAAGUUUGUCAAUAAGCUAAAAAAAAUAUUUAAUUUUGGGGUUUCAUUCAUCUUUAAAAUUAUCCCUCUAACUCUGUUUAUUUUAAAUCCUGCUGAUAUUUAUUAAGGCCAUAUUUUCCACAAUUAGAAAUAUUUUUGUUCACCUAAAUACAAAGUUUAGUUAUAUAUAUUGUCAAUAUCAUUUUUAAAUAAAAAAAAUGUUAAAUGAAUUAAAAUAUUUGUAUGUAAUCUGUAAAUAUCAAUAGCACUAUACAAUGUUUAUAACUAUAUGAACAAGGUAUGAAAGAACAUCAAAUUGUUUUACAUUAAAACAAACUAUAGACUUUAUAUACAAGCUUUACUUUUUAACCUGUUUCUGUUUUUAAAUGUACUGUAUGAACAGGUGACUGCACAAAUUGCAAAAUACAGAGAUACAUUUUAACACAUAUGCAUAAAUUAUUAUUUUUUUCUUUAAAAUGUCAUUUGCAGCUUGGAGCCUUUUUAGCGUAGAAAUUUCCCAUCCCAUGCUUUUGCAAUGUAAGAUGUGUUAUCAACUAUAGUUUGUAGACUGUGACUCAUGUUCCCUUCACAGCCAAAGUGGGUUGAGACAGCACUCGGUGAAAGAAUCCAUUCUGACACUAAUACAAACACAAGCAAGGAAUAUUUGAAUUCUAAUGGGAAAACCUUUGUACAUUUCUUCAGUCACUGCCAGUAAAGAGACAUUUGAGCCCUUUUGCUUCAAGUAAUUGCCUCAUCCUUUCUUUAAAACCAACGAACAGCAGAGACUAGCAGUCCUAUUAGACUGCGGUCUCAUUGCUUCAUUGAAUUAAUGUAGGGUCUUUAAUGCCAAGUUCCUGAAGGGUAACAACGUGCUACACCGUUGUCAUUCAGCGUGACUCAUAACAAAUGGGAUUUUAAAGAAGGCUCCAUUUUGUAAUGCAAAACAAAUGGGUUUUAAAAACUUGCAUUAUGCAGCAGGCCUUGAUAUUCAGAGGGUGUUAAUGAAGACUUGCUUCACUGGCUCCUUCAGCGUUUCGGCUUCGCACUGAGAUAAUAACCAAAUUCCCCUUCAUUGGCUCUGAUCCCACACAGCACCCCCUGCAGGGUGUUGGCAAUACAAAGUCCGAAGGCUCUUUAAUGUCUCCACUGUGAGCGUCGUGACUUGUUUACCUCCACUGUCAGUUCAGGAGGAUCCAGAGAGCUGCCAGGACUCUGUCGUGGCCGUAAUUUCCUGUGUGAAAACGGCAAUUACUGACUUUUAUCUCUGCUGCAGUAGUAUUUCCAGCACUAACAAUUACACCGGCCAAUUCUUGUAAACAGUCCUUUAAGAUUGUGUCAGGACAGCUCCCCCAUGUUGAACUUUCAAAUACGAAGACUGUUCAUCCUCACAGGCAGAAAAUACAGAAGAUACUAAAAGCGAAGUGGUAUAAAAAAGUGAUGAGGAAUGGAGUUUUGCAUGGCAAGUAAUUUUAUCCCCAAGGCCAUCAUGUAACAAGACACUUGUAUUUUCCUUCACUAGAUCAAGGAACCCGUCCUGCCUAACUUUUUACAUUUCAUAAACACAUGAUGUAGUUUUUGAUCCAACGAGUGAUUGAAUUGUCUCAAGACAAAAUAAUCCUGUCGCCUGCAUGCUGCAAUCUUCAAAAACAACAGUCACAUUAUCUUAGCUUGUCAGUUUGCCUGAAUGGGCUUUUUUCCACUUUAACCAGUGAUUUGUAUGUUAAUGAUUCUCUCAUACAUACCAAUAAGUUUUGAACUUGUACCAAAAAGCAAAUAAACUAAUUUUAGGAUCUCUUUUA